GUAGACUUUGGCGUUGAGGUUGACGUUGAGCUAGAGUUGCGUUGUGUAUAAUCACAACUCAAGGCAUUUCAGAUUUGAAUCACUGAAAGAUACAUAAUAACUAUAGCUCGCUCGUUCUGAGGCAGAGAUGAUGAACGAAGGCCCAACAGGUUCUCAAUUAGCCUCAACAUCAGAGUCUAAACCCGUAGGCCAGCUGCAGCAGGGAGUCAUCACUCCGACAGCUAUAAUGGACAGCACAACACAAUCAAGACCAAAUCUACCGAGUCAAGAUCUUAUUAACGGACGGGACGAUUACAUCAGAUACUGUAGCCCUCUACUUGAGGCAGCUAUUAAAAGUGAUUGGAAAGUUGCCAAGCACCUUAUUAACAAGAAACCAGAGUUGCUAAGGUCUAGCAUCACUCCACUUGGGGACACAGCACUUCACAUAGCCGUAGGCGUAAAAAGAAGCAAACAUGCUGAGAAGUUUGUGACUAAAUUGGUGGAUAUGAUGGAUAAGGAAGACUUGGAGCUUCAAAAUGAAGGUUUCAACACGGCCCUCUAUAUAGCGGCUGCAAUCGGAGACAUUAACGCGGUUAAGCUUAUGGUGGAAAAGAACAGGAUCUUAACCACAAUUCCUGGUGCUGGAGGAGACCUGAUGCCACUAUAUGCUGCUGCCUUCUUUGGAAGUUUUGAAGUGGUGAAGUAUCUAUAUGAAAACUCAAACGACUUGUGUGAUGAUGGUUGGAAUUCUGAGAAUCGCGGUUGGCUUCUUGAGAGAUGUGUGGAGGCUGAUAUGUUCGAUGUGGCAUUGAAGAUAGUGAAAAAAUAUCCAAAACUUGGAAAUGGAGAAAUACUUGGAGCUUUGGCCCGAAAGCCUAACGCGUUUCGUAAAACAAAAUCAAAUAUCAUCCAAAGUAGCAUUAAUUCAGUUUUUGCAUUAAUCGGGGUGAGCGGUUAUGAAAAAGAAAGUGAAGCAUUGCAACUAGUAAGAAUCAUAUGGGAAGGUAUUCUUAAAAGGCCUGAAGAAGAAAUUGAGGAUAUACUAAGAGGUCCGCCUGAUCCAGAAAAUCUCAGUCAAACUCUGCCACUACAAAAAUUCUUCUAUGAACAUCGUGGCAAACUCUAUAAAGGAGCCGAGAACAUAACAGAAGGGUUCAAAUGUGUGUCUGUGUUUGAUAAAGCUCUGCGAUUACAUAAUCUAAUUUCUAAACAUCUUGACAGCGUACAUGCUGAAACCGAGAAGCAAGACAAUGGAGAGCAAAAUCUAGAACUAAGAAAGCUCAUUUCUGAACACAUUGUGAACACCCGUGAUGAAGUCCAGAACAUAAUCGUGCAUGUUUCUGGACAGGAAAAUAAAGUAAUAUACCUAACAGAUCUAAUUUUAAAAUAUAUUACCAAAAUGGAAGUUCUAUUAGAAUUAGAAAGAAUACAGUACUCUUCUCGGUUAAUUUUUGUUGCCGCCGAAAUUGGCAAUACAAAAUUUUUAUCUGAGCUCAUCCGUCAAUAUCCUGAUUUGAUAUGGAAGACAAAUGAUGAUGGCCAAACUAUAUUUCAUAUUGCUGUCAAACAUCGUCAAGAGAGCAUCUACAAUCUAUUAUACGAGACGGGGUCAAUGAAGAACUUCAUAACAUGUCAGAGAGAUAUGCAUGAUAAUAAUAUGUUGCACUUGGCUGGUAUGGGCGCCUCGAAAGAGCGACUUACAGAUGUCUCUGGAGCUGCUUUACAAAUGCAGAGAGAACUAUUAUGGUUUAAGGAGGUAAGGGAUACGAUCCCCCCUUCCUAUAGGGAACAAAAGAACAAAGAUGGUCUAACACCACGUGAGUUAUUCACAAAGGAACAUAGAGAACUUAUGAAAGAAGGUGAGAAGUGGAUGAAAGGAACAGCUAGUCAAUGCAUGGUUGUUGCAACGCUUAUUGCCACAAUAGUAUUUGCAGCUGCUUUUACAAUUCCAGGUGGAUAUAAUCAAACUAAUGGUAUUCCUGUUUUCUAUCAAAAACCAAUCUUUGUUGCCUUUGUAGUGGCAGAUGCCAUGUCUUUGCUCUUAUCAUCAACUUCCAUACUCACCUUCUUAUCCAUCCUCACAUCUCGUUAUGCGGAACGUGAUUUUGUGGAAUCAUUACCCAAAAAGCUGAUGUUAGGCAUAUCAACUCUUUUCCUCUCUAUAACAGCCAUGAUGAUCACUUUCGGCAUUAGCUUCUUCAUACUAUACCAUAAAGAAAUGAAAUGGAUACCUAUCCUGAUCGGCGUGCUUGCUAUCGUACCCGUAGUCCUAUAUGUUGCAUUGCAAUAUCAUGUUAUAUUGGAUGUAAUUCGCUCAACAUAUGGUUCUAAGUACCUCUUUAGGCCCGGGAGACAAUUUAUUUACUAUGCAAACCCCCACGUAUAACCAUUGUCAUUUUUAAAGUGUAAUAGGUUUCGUUUAAGUGAUGCUCUCUAUAAUGGAUGUAAGUUGUUUGUGGAUAUUAGUUGGAAGGACUGGUGUAAAUAUCCUAUGUGUAUGUUGUAAUUUGGCUCUUUGCCUGUUUGGGUCGGGGGCUGUGUGUUGUAUUGGCCUUUUGGCCGUUUGUGUCGGAGGCGUGUUUUAAUGAAGUUCUACUUUAAAAAAAAAAAAAAAAAA